AUGCCCAAGCUGCGCAAACACCGCCCAGAGCCCUCCCACUCCUCUCCUCCGCCAAGCACCACUUCGCCCGAGAAUCCCUGGACGCCGCGUCCUCCGUCUCUCCUCUCGACCGGAUCGCGUGCGACGGCUGCUCCUGUCGCAUUGAAGAGUGUCGCGCCGGUUGUCGCUGUCGCGGAGGUCCAGGCGGGCGGGGGGGAGGAGGCUUCCGCCGGGAGGGGGUUGGGCGAAUGGGAGACGGCGGCUAAGCAGCAGGGCGGAUCUUCCGUGGCUUCGACCUCGACUUCACCCGCUCGUUCUUCUCAUCGCCGCAUCGUCUCGACAAGCACGAUCGCGACCGUCUCCUCCCACACCUCCCUCGAACCCAUCCCCUCCUCCUCGUCCGUCAGCGCCCUAGCCAAGUUGCGCGAGUCGCUCGACGCGGAUCAGCAUGCGAAAGAGGCGAAGAAGGUCGAGGAGGUGCAGGUGAAGCGGGUCAAGUCGCAUGAGGGUGGCAAGUUGAGGAAGAAGUUGCCGAAGGAGAGGGUUGAGAGGGUUGUCGCGGCGGAAGAGGAGGAAGAGCGGCAUAAGCAUGAGCAGGAAGAGGUUGCGAAGGAGGAGCAGGGUGAAGCAGAGUCGGACGGCGCCGCGCCGCCAUUCCAGGAAUUGCGAGUCGGAGAAGCGCUCGUCGUUGAGAUGGAGUUUCCGGUGGACGAAGCGAAGCUGGAGGAGGAUGGGCACGCAGAGGGGCUCGACGCGAUACCGCCCGUCGCUAACCAGCUUCCUCCUCACGCUCCGAUAUCCGCCUCUCCAACUUCUGCGCCGCCAUCACCCGCACACACGCUCGUCUCUCUCGCCCUCGCUCCCGCUCGCCUCGGCUGGCGAGCCGCCCGCUUCCCCUUCGACGUCGCCUCCUUCGCCGCCUCGACAAGCCUCAACCUCGCCGCCUCGACCGUCGCGCUCGGCACAGAUGUUGCAGCCAAGACGAUUGACACAGGCUUGCAACUCGCCACGAACGUCCCCGUUGUCGGACUCGUCGCCGCCGAGGUCCCGCGUCUUCGCGAGUCGUACCCUGCCGAGGAGGCUGAAGAAGAGCAGUCUUCGCCGCCUGCGCCGCACCUUCCGCCUCUCACCCCACCCAUCGACCACUUCGACGCCGCUCUCAUCGCCUCCGAUUCACAACCUUCCUCGCCGACGCAUCCUCACCAUCCGGUUCUCGACACCGUUACGAAGCCCCUCUCGCUCGUUCGUUCAGGCGUCGAGAUCUCCCUCGGCCUUGGACUCGCCGGAGCACUUGUUGCGGGUGCAGUGGGGGAACUGGCUUGGUCGGCUGUUCGAGGUGGGCGCAAGGACGAGAAGGGAGACGGUCGCGGUGAAUCGGCGGACGCUCGAGAAGCAGCGCAGUGA